AUGAUCCUGGCGAGACGCACUCUCGGCUGCCUGAUUAUCGCGACCCUACUUAGCUUACUGGUCUAUUAUCGAUCGGCCAGUGCUUCUGUUACUGUCAGAACGCUUCGAGAGAAAGUACCUCAGGUCGUUGGAUUGGGCGAGUACUUCGAAUCACAGGAGCAACACCUCCAAGAUGAACACGUCCGACCUUUCAGCCACCCGGGCGAUCUCCACGCCCCCAGCGACUCACCAAACUCGGCAAAACCUGCAGACACAGGUACAGAUAGGCAAUCGAGCAAGCCCCCGGGAUCGAUAUACACGCGAAACCUCGUCAUGGCCAAGAUGACAAAGGAAAAUGUCACCUGGCUAGAUGAGGUCGACCUAGGCCCGGAGCUCACCAGGAAGAUUUACGUGGCGGACGACCCAAAAGCAGCUUUGCACCCAUCCGAAAAUAAAGGCCACGAGGUUAGGACUUAUUUGACCUACAUUAUCGACUAUUACGAUGAUCUACCGGACGUCAGCAUUUUUAUGCACUCUCACCGCACCGCAUGGCACAACAAUGAGCUCUUGAAUUGGGACGCUGGCGAGAUGAUUUCACGGCUGAGCAGCGAGAGAGUGCUGCGCCAGGGCUAUAUGAACAUGAGAUGCCACUGGAACCCCGGCUGCCCAGAGUGGAUACAUCCUGGUCAAGUGGAGGAAGACAAGGAGAAGCCUGAACAGUCAUUGAUGGCCUCGGCUUGGGCUGAGUUGUUUCCAGACAAACCCAUACCCACCGUACUGGCUCAGCCUUGCUGCUCACAAUUCGCACUCAGUCGAUCCAGGAUCCGUGCGGUACCACUGGCUAAAUACAAACACUAUCGGGAAUGGCUCCUUCGAUCCGACAUCAGGGACACCAUGACCGGAAGAAUUUUCGAAUACUUGUGGCAAGUCGUGUUCACAGAUGAAAGUGUCUCCUGCCCGAACCAGCGGACAUGUUACUGCGAUGGGUACGGCGUCUGCUUCGAGAACGAAAAGACAUUUGACAAGUGGUUCGAGCUGAGGUAUCAGAAGCAAAUGGCCGAGAUAGAGCUUAGAGAAUGGGAAGAACAGGCAGAGAAGGUCGAGGAGUUCAAGGGCGACGAUGGAAGGUGGUUACAAGGGGUGGAGGCUGGAGAGCUCGAGGUGCCGGAGGUUGGGAAGAAUCAACAGCUGAAGACGGUAAUUGAGAGGCUACAGGCAGACCUGGAGCGGCGGAGGCUGGACGCUCUAGAGAGAGGGACAGAUCCAAAAGCUAGAGCCGAGAGUGACGGACGGCCUUGGAAGGAGGGUGAUGGGUUCUAG